CCUCCCUCAUAAAUCAACAAGACAUAUGCAAAAUAGAAAAAUAUUCACUCAAUUGAGAUUACAGUAAGUCACGCUCAAACAGUCAAUCACUCGAGUUUGACUUGACUAGUCAGAUCCGCAAAUCUGUUGCUAAACUCGAGCGAUACCGAGUUACUGGCGAUCUAGUGAUACCAGGAUAAACUUAUGACAGUCAAUUUUAUCAUCAUUUGUGCAGUUUGCUUGAAGCAGAGGCCCAGUUUGUCAAUUUAAGGCUACAUUCCAGCGUUCCCGAGAAACCAGCUGCGUGUCGCGUGCUGCACGCGUGUCUAAUCUGUAUCUACAAACUUGCCGUUUAUAAUCUCCAGUCAGCAAUGAAGUUAACAACAGUUGCUUUGAUAACCAUUGCUACAUUUCUUCUGCAUUCCUUGGUGAGUCUUUCAGUGGCGAUGUAGAGUUAAUUUUAACAUAUUGGCCACCAUUCUGUAUUCUGUGAAAACGCUUGUCAAUGCUUCCGCUUUCGACUAGCUAGUCGACUAGCAAUACAAUUUUAUGAAAAUUCGUACGGCUUUUCCGGCCUUUUGAUUACCCAUAGUCCAUAUGUUUUGUUCAGUAAACAGCCUAACCAAUGAUCAGCUAUAAAAAAAGCAAGCUGUUUCAUUGUUACGUCGCAAAGCAAAACGUCAGUGUUUCAAAAAGUAAUACAAAAGUGGAUGUUGAUUUACAUCAGACAAAAUUUGCAAGCUCCUUUUUUAGAUUAAAAAGUUUCAACAGAUCAGUUUGCUUUAAAAGUAUUUUCGAUUCACUAAAGAAAAACGGCACAGAGAUGAGACUUGAUGAACAAAGUGCAUUAAUUGUUUAUGAGUUAACUAUAGAUUUGCAAAAGUCGACAACAGUCUUAAAUCAAAAUUAUCCAUAGGGGCUUAAAUGUUUGGCUCAAUAGGCGCUGUGCUACUUGUUUAGUUGAAUCGAAACAAAGAAGGAAACUAAGGGCUGCUAUAAAGGUUCCUUGACUACUUGUGAUAUAACAACUGGAGAUGAAUUCUAUUUCUCGAAGAUCACUGAGUAAUCUUUAUAGUUUUGCGAGAAAAAAAUGUCAAACGUCGAAAUUUGCAUAAGUAAUGUCUGCGGGCUGGUUAUAGAAAAUAUAUUAUGCAGAUGAAAACAGAAACGCUUUCAGAGUCUGAUUUUUAACAAAGCCCUUUUUAUUUUCGCAAAAACUUGAAAUAAUUAAAAUUCGUCUCUCACAAUAGUCUUUGUGUUUUCAAGGUUUCUUUGCUUGCCGUUCUUGCCACACCAAGAUUAAUUUCACUUUCCAAUAUGAAAAGAAAUUUUUACGCAUCUCGAAAUUAAGUCAGUUUUUUCAUUGAAAGAUGCUUUGUGGCCUGAAAGUCUCAUUGUCAAUAGUGUUUAGCCUUAAUCGUCCAGUAAUAUAAAUUGUGUGGGCCUAUCGAAUUAAUAAGGAGAUAGUUGCGCAACAUGUUUAAAGUGUCAAAUGUAGAGUGUGUUUUGUCAUAUAGUCACGUCCAGCUCCGACUGGCAGUUAAGAGUAAAAUAAAAGGAACGGUGUGUUGAAGAUUCUGGGAAAGUGCCGACCUACCCCUCCCGGCCUAAACAAACAUUUUGUCCUAAGUGAAAAGUUAGGGUUAGCGUUAAAUAAGGGGAGGAGAAGGUGGGUCAGGUCCAAAUACAACAAUCACUAGUAUUCUCUGGUCUCGAAACACAGACGUAAACUGAAUACGUUUUGCCUAACAUCAGGGGCACCAAACGUCAAUUUUGGGAAAAUAUCUGUUCGGAAGACGAUUUGAGAGCUAUUUCGGAACAUUUGUCGUAAAAUUUCUUGCUCGCUUGCCUCUCCUACGAUCUUCGAACAUCUAAAAAAUGGUAUAAAUGCCAAUUUUUAACGGUUUUUUACCCUAAAAACGUCACCUAGAAUUUUCGGGAGCUUUAUUUCUGGCUGAAAUUUUCGAAAAGGUAAGUUUUGAUCCGUAUAAUUUUCGGAUCACUAGACUUUAGCUAGAAAAUCCGAACAGAUGAAAAACUUUUAGGGGAUACUUGAAAUAUGUCUAUAUCUACCGUUUAAAUACUAAAAUACGUUUAACAAUGCUAUGUUUAAGUGGUUUUGAACAAAAUUCUGGUUGGGUGCCCCUGUCACAUCUUUUUUUAAUUCCUUAUCUAGGCUCACGGUGGUGCGAAGAAACGAAAGAUCAAUUUGACCAAAAAGCCACAACGUAAGUAACUUAGUAGUGACGGUCUCAGCUCAGCUCCUUGUCUAGUUAUCCCACGGUGGAAUGCGUGUAACAUAUUUUGCUGGCUUGAAACUGUUGAACGCCCGCUAUAAGCCUUUCUAAAACUCCAGAACAUAGAAAAAGAGAACUCCGAUCAUUGUGGCCUCUUUGGAUACUUUAAAUAAACUUCCCUGUAGGAUUCUCUAUCAGAAAAAGGCUUUUGUUUUUACAGGGUGGUGAUUAUGAAGUAAACGGAAAUCGAAGCCCUUUUACAACUAACCGAUAACUCGAUAUGCAAGCUGAAGCCGCUAAAAAAAAGAAAGAAAGAAAGAAUUUUAGAUUUUCGCUUUCCACUUUUCUGAACUUUUUAGUUGCUUUGAUAUAAAAUUGUACUCUCAUGUUUGUUUGAUGCAUAAUCCUAAAAGAGGAUGAGCUCUUUCUCUUCGAUUCCGGGCACAUAGAAGUGCCAGGUGUAACCUGUACGCGAGCAAGCUCUUGGAGGUUCGAGGGACUGGGGAGGUGGGGUGAGGCAAACAUUUUGUCGAGGUUAACAACGUGACUUCAUACUGAGAUCUGAUGGGGAGAGGCAAAAACAACUGGACUUUGAUAAUUAUUAAGUUGUUUUGUUAGCAAUUGAUCACGGAUUACUUGUGACUUUAUUACAGGUUGUUCACGGAUUUGUCCUCCUGGUCGAGAAUGCCAGGUUCUCUCAGAUGGCAGCACCAAGCAAUGUGUUUGUUUGUCAAGGUGUAAGAAGAAAUAUAAACCUGUGUGCGGUACAGACGGAAAGCUGUACAACAACCACUGUGAACUGCACAGGACUGCUUGCAAAACAGGAAAAAAGAUAAGAGUUGAUUGGGAUUUUAAGUGCUUCAAAAAAGCGGACAAUGGUAAAAAAGGUAGGCAGUUACAUGACAACCUGAGAAACUGAAUAGACUUGCGAAGAUUGUUUUUUCCUCUGAGGAAAAGAAGCGACAGUGUGCUGGUUGAAAGGUCUUUGAGUACAUUCCAGGGGUGGGGGGGGGGGGGGGGGGGGGCCUAAGGGGAUUUUGGGGGGAGGUGUUGGGCGAAAGCCUUCACAAAAAAACCCCCUUUUUUAAAAAAAUUGCGUGCUCAUUACGCUACCCCUUUUUAAAAAAAAAUACUUUUUUAUUAAUCCUUCUUCUAAACAUUUUUUUGACAAAAUUAAAAAAUUUUUUAAAUAUACAGAAUUAAGAUAUUUUGAAACUACCAUUGUGGAGUUAGAUUUCUUUCCUACUGAUAAACAGGUACUGCCAAAAGCCAUAAUGGGACUUAUGGCAUUAUGGAUCUUGUUGCUUGCUUAUAGACAUUCGUAGGGAGGGACAACAUUUAUCUUAUGUCUCAAUUAAAAUCCUGUCACAUUCAAUGUCUGCAUUGUGGUCACGUGCUGAUUCAGGAUGUUGGACAGCAAGAUACUGUACUGUUUGCGCUCUUCCUCAGUAAUUUGUUUUUAAGAACGCAUAAAUAUCCAACUUCUUUUCAAGUAUCGGAUCGAGGUUAUCUGAGCUGGAUAUUAUACUCGACCAGAUGCUGAGUGGUUUUCUGUUGAUCUGUCGGAUAAAAGUCUUAUGAUAUGUCGUCACCCUCGAUCACCCAAUAAAGUCAAUAUGGAAAAAAGGACAUUUUGACAUGCUUCAAGCUAUGCUGGCUGUCGCAUUCUAACUUCUGUGCGUUGCAUUAUUAGAUUGCCCUAAGAAGCAGUUAUCUAAAAUGCAGCAGCUCAUUUUGGAAACCUUCCAAAAGGAAUUACAUGGGAAAGAAGUGACGUCAAAAGUCCUGAUUGACGAGCUAUACUUCAGGUAUAACGGCGAUCGCGACGACAGCAUCAGCGGUUCUGAGCUGAAACGUCUGGUUACCGACUACCUCAUGUAUCCAAAAGUCAAAAAGCUUGUGGAAAUCUGUCACUCAAAGCAGUGGCUUAGAGCACAAGACAAAGACCAAAAUGGAAUUCUCUCCAAGGACGAAUUUUCGCGUAGUUUCGGUAAGAAAAAUUUGCUAUCUUUAUGUUCACCGAGCAUUCUAAAUUUACUUUCCCAAAUUAUAUGCUAAUUAGACGUAGUUAGAAAGGCAGCGUGGCCGAGUGGUCAGCCCGUCUGGCUGACAAUCUGGCGGGAAAAGCAGCAAACCGUGCCGAUUAAGGUCCCAAAGAACCGUGGGAAUGCUUCAGCCUCGUAAGCGAAUACCUUCACCGACGGCAGUAAUCAUUAAAGUGAUAUGUUUUCAAUAAGUGGAAUGUGAACCCAGUGUAUCUGUAUUCUAACAAAAUUAAGACUGAAUCGGAAUAAAACCCCAUUUUUGCUGUUUUGACUUAGUGCUUGGGAGGAAAGCAAUCACGCAAACAAGCAAUCAUGUAAAGAGAACUUGCUGUAAGAAGGGAAAAAAACCCACCAACUUAAGUGUUUUUUUCCCUACGUUUUAGCGAGCAAACCAGAAAUAAGCAUUCUGAAAAGUGAAGAAGAGCCGAUAUCUGGUUCCAAUCUCACCCUUCAAUGCCGAGCACGAGGUUACCCUGUUCCUGUUGUCACGUGGUAUAAAGACCAAAUCAAGUUAAACAAAACUGAGCAUGUGUCAGUUUUCUCUGAUGGGAAACUUUCAAUUGAAAAGCUCGCGCCAGGAGACAGUGGUGUGUACACAUGCAAGGCCUUAAAUAACAUGGGAAUGGAUAAGAAACAUGUUGAGAUCAAGGUCCAAGAACCAGUUCCCCGCGACUCUUCAGUAACAAGUAAGGAAAAAGAAAGGAGUUGUAGACAGCAUAAAACCUGAAAGACAUUCAACAGACAAAAACAUGUAAACUGGACGAUGAAACAAACGGAUUAUUGUUUUAAGAUCAAGUCUGAUUUCUUUCUUCGAGGACUGCAAAAAAAUCAAAUGUUAUGUCUGCUAAACUAUGGGUUUUUAAAACCCUUUUUAUUCCAUUGGCAUUUUCACGUAGUUUUCACUAUUAACAGCUUUAUUGCUGCUCAUCUGUGCGCGAAGGUCUGGUAAAACAGGCUGAUUGAAUAUAGAAAUCAUCUGUACGUCGUUUCUCGUUCCUUUUUCAUAUGGAAACAUACUUUACGUUCGCAUGCAGGCAAAAAUGUUUGAUUAAGUUAUAGAAUGAGAAAGAAGAUUGUUUUUCGUUUUUUUUACUUAAUAGCUGUUCAAGGAGGAAACAUGUUUUACGUCUUUGCAAACGACGGCGUCUACGUCAUUAAUCCUGAAACGUCAACGACUGUCAAUCACAUUCGAGCUGAUGACGUCAUAAAUGGUACGACAAAACCCAUAUGCACCAGAAGUCAACAGAAGGCUUGUAACUGGGGUGGAGCUGUAAGCGUCAACUUAAUUUACGUAUACGUUGCUGACUUUCUGGGCCAAAGGGUUUUAGUCCUGGAUAUUGCCGCACAAAAGUUCGUUGAGGAAGUGCCAACAGAUUACUAUCCCUAUCAGCUAAAAUAUUUAAGGUGAGAAUAUCUAAAUUAUUCUUACAUGUUUUUUUUUGAGCCCUUAAGGCUGACAAGGGAAAAUGAUUUGAUUUCAUGUAGACAAACUGUUUGGCAUGUGUUUUCAGCCUAAUGCACGGAAGAACUUCACGGCUUUAAUGAUACGAUGUCUAUUUCUACCUUCCUUUUAUAAAUGCAUGGGAGUUUUAUUUCAUACUUUUGUCGUAGAAGCUGCUUUAAAUAAUUCUUAAACUCGUUGGUCAAUCAUACAUGUGAGUAUUUUUCCGUAGGCCAAACUUAUAAUAAUAAUCUUAAUCAAUUAUUCCUACCUUUUCAAUUGCAAUAAAACAGCUUUGAUUUUAAGGAACAUGUAGGAAUAACCUGUAGUCGCAGACCUUUUGAGAAAUAUGUUGGUUGUUGUAUCCACUCAGCUCGUUUAAUUUUUGCUAUUCUGAGUAGUAUUUUUUGCCUGAUUUAACUAAUUUAUUCUAUGUUUGUAAACUUUCUUUAUUUGGCAAACAAAAUGGUUGGUGUGUUGUUGUUGUUGCCGAUUGUAGUAAUAUUUUUGGUCUCUUUACAAGGUCCCUCGAUGCCGUCUGGAUUCUCAGUUGGGAAAACAGCUCUCUGGAAGUUCUCACUGAAGAUGAAGACGAUAAUGGAACGCUGUCAGUAAUAAGCAAUGCCAGCAAAAUGAUUCUUCACACUGCAACCAAACCGAUGAUGAGUGGUUUCCAUGAUGCAGCUCAUGGUUUCUUUGCGGCGGAAAACUGCGAACUGACAGAAGACAAAUAUGGUUACGUCACUCAUAUUAUGGAACCUGGCCUUCACGAAGUUGACCUGGCUACAAGGCGUUACACUAAGUUUUAUAACUUUAGCGAACAUCAGUGUUAUGGGACUUUUGACUUGGCUCUCUCUCAACCACAUAAAUAUGCGUUUGUGCAGUGUUAUACAAAUAAAGAUCUUGAUAGCAAAGCGCAGUUGGUGAUAGAUUUGAAAGAAAAUCAGCUUGAAGCCAAAAGUGAGCAAUACUUUGGUACAUCAUUCGCUUCCCCUGAUGGUCGCUUUAUCAUAACAUUGAAUUAUUAUGCAAUUUUAACCCAAUACAUCGACCCGGCGGGACAAAUUUUCUUGUUUCCGGAAAUUGAGUCCAACAUUCUUCUCAGCCACCUCGUCUUCUAUCCUCGCAACGCUGGGUAUGACGUGUACGUGACGUCAAAAGACCAAUCUACAAUCAUUGUGCUACACGUGGAUCAAAGGGGCAUCGACACACUAAAAUUCAUCUCAGGUGUCGGUAAGCCUUUGCAGGAGGACUGGAUUCACACACAGCGUCCAAUCGUGAUUGGAUGUGAGGCUGGCGCCCGUUACCUGGCAACACCGGCAACAAGAGAAGACGCGGUCAUCAUUCUAGAUGCAGAGCGGAAAGAGAUGAGUGGAAAAGUUGGAGGAAUUAAAGGGGCACAAACCAUUUUGUGGGUUAGAAACCAGCAAGAAUAAAGCACAGGAUCAUGAUCGAUGUAUUAAUUGAUAUUAUGUGAACUGUUUUUUAACAAACAGUAGCCAGGGGUAAAGUUUUAUCAAGUUACAAACACGAUCCACGGCCGAGUGUUUUUAGCUUGGAUAUAUUCUUUCUCUAUUUCGCUAUUCUCGGCGAGUUUAUUGACCGACUUUAUAAACGUUAUUUUUGAUCUGCACGCUGACUCUUUCCCUCU